UCUGAGACACUUUCAAAGACGCUUUAUUAAUCUGUUCAUGUGACUGUUAUUGAAAUCUGUGCAGCAUCAGUGGGAGAUUAUUAUUGACAGAAUGAAUAAAGUCUAUUUAACAGACUCUAGGAGUGGUUAACUGCGUAUGUUGAAUGUUUUGUGGGUUAUUAUGUGUUUCUCGCAGUUUGCAUUAAUUGUUUCCAGGUUAUGCUGUUAUGUUGAUUUUCAGUUCAUUAUAAUUAUUAUUGUUCUCGGCCUCAAAUCAAGAACAUUUCGAAUUAUUGACAAAAGACACUUGAGCAUGCAGGAAUCAGGCACGGGAAAACAGCAUCGUCACACUACAGGGUGGGGCAAAACAAAAGUGAAACUAAAGAUAAAGAACGAACGUCGCAGCAGCAGCAGCUCGACUCCUGACUUGUGAUCCGUCAGAUACAGUAAAGAUGGCGACGGGGCCUUUACCACCGACUGAGAUGUCAGCGAUCAGCUCCAGUUCAGAUGAUCCAGUGAUCCGGAUUCUUCUGAUGGGCAGAAAGGGUUCUGGGAAAAGCUCAUCUGGAAACACCAUACUGAGAGGAAAAAAGUUUAAACUUAAAAAGCAGGAAGCUGAAGUUUGUGAUGCAGAAGCAAAGGUUGGAGAGAAGCAGGUUGCUGUGAUUGAUUGUCCAGAUCUACUGGAUCCAGAUCUGAGUAAAGAACGGCUGGAGGAGAUGAAAGAUCAGCUGCUCUCUCGAUGUUCAGCAGGUCUCAGUUCAGUUCUGCUCACCGUUCCUCUAGAGAAACCACUGGAAAAUGAGGAAGAGAUCUUGGAUUUUAUUAAGGGUUUAUUUGGUCCUGAAGUUCAAAAGUACAUCAUGAUCCUGUUCACACAUGAAGAUGAUCUGGAGGAACUGGAUGAACCACAGACCAUUGAUGAAUAUCUGCAAUACCACGAGGAUCUCCAGCGACUGGUGACUGUAUGUGGAGGAAAGUUUUACUGUUUCAAUAACAAGAGCAAAUCAGAUGAUCAGGUACAAGAACUACUGCAGAAGAUUGAAGGAAGGAUGGAGGAAAACAGAGGGAAAUUUAGCAUGGAACGAAUGAAGAGGAGUGAAAGCAAGGACAUUGUAACAAAUUUUUCAGAAGGAAGUUCAGUGGAUGAAGAUCCAGAUGACAUUCAGAUUCCUGAGAGGAAAAACCAGAUCAGGCUGGUUCUGUUGGGAAAAACUGGAGCUGGGAAAAGUGCUGCAGGAAACACUAUCAUUGGUAAAAGAGUGUUUAAAUCCACUGUCAGCUCAAACUCUGAAACAAAACAGUGUCAGUCAGAAACCACUGAGAGGAUGGGUAAAAAUAUCUCCGUGAUCGACACGCCUGGAAUUUAUGAUAAUGAACUCAGUAAUGAGGAGGUUAUUAAAGAAUUAGUGAAAUGCAUAACGUAUGCCUCUCCAGGACCGCAUGCUUUUAUUAUUGUGAUAAAAGUGGGUCGAUUCACUGAGGAGGAGAAAAAUACAAUAAAGGAGCUAAAAGAAGUGUUUGGAGAAAAAAUAGAGAAAUAUGCCAUGGUCAUCUUCACACACAAAGAUCAGUUAGAUAAGAAAAAGCAAACCAUUGAUGAGUUUCUACAGGAAAGUGAUCCAGAUCUUAAGAAGCUGGUACAGAGCUGUGGAAACCGAUUCUUCUGUUUAGACAAUGAAUCUUCCAGUUACUCACAGUUCAAAGAUCUUCUGAGUAAAAUAGAGAAGAUGGUGAGUGAGAAUGGAGGCCACUUUACUAAUGACCUGUUUGAAGGAACAGAGAAAUGCAUUCGGGAGAUUCAGAAACAGAAACUGCGUGAGAAAGUGGAGCAGUUAAAACAGAAACAGAAAGGGGGCAUUAUAACAGAAUGGCAGAUAAUGUAUUGGAGUUUAGCAGAGGAGUCUCGACAGGAAGCUCUGCAUGUUAUGUUCAGUGAAGUGUACAUAGCAGCUAUAGCCAGACUCAUGGGGAAGGUGGUGGUGACUCCUGAGGAGGAAGAGAGCACCAUAAAGGAGGCUGAGAGCUUAGGAAUCAGUCGUGGAGAGGCAGUUCGACUUGCAUUCAGAGCCACACGGAAGCUAGCAAACCAGAGGAUCUGUGUGAUUCAGUGAGAAACCUCAAUAAUAAUCACACACAUAAGAUUACCUACAAACUUCUUCAACUGUUUCUUUUUCUAAUUAAUGAUCAUUUUACUUGUUGAUAUCUUGAAACCGCUCACUGUCAUUGCCAUUUUUUAUUCUUUCAUAAAUGCCUUUUUUUGCUCUAUUAUUUUUGUUUGAUUAUACCUGAAUCAAGAGUGAGUGUGAAUCUGAAAUGAAUAUCAUAUCUGGAAUCACUAGUGAAGAAAAGCAGUACAGUAACACUUCUCUCAUGCUGACAAACUGUACUGAAUAAGUAUUGCUCAUC